GUAUCCUAGUAAGAAGAAAUAGCUAGGAGGAAGAACAGAAUCAAUGGGUUUCACCAUGGGAUUGAACUUCCUCCUUCUCUUAGCCAUGGUGGCGACUAACAUCCUCUCCGUUUACCACCUCUCUUCCACCGUCCAAUCUCCCAAACCGCCUUCGCCUACGCCUAUCCCUGAUCACCUCCUACGCCAGCUGAAUACUAUACGCGCCACCAUCAACCACCUCACGCGCCACAACCCCUCCACCGCCACGACUGCUGCCAAACCCACCUCCACCGUACCUCAAGAUCUCAUCCUCCAUUCCCAAAUCGGCCCCAUUGCCUCUUCCUGCCACAACCACCCUGACCUUCUCCAUAGAUACAUGAAUUACACUGCUUUUUCAAUAUGCCCUUACGAUCCUGACCUCCAAGAAACCCUUAUUCUCAACGGUUGCCACCCACUUCCACGACGGCGUUGCUUCUCAAAAACCCCAUCAAAACCCCUUUCUUCUCUUCCCCUUAACCCUUUCCCAACGGCCCUCUCCGACUCCUCUGUAAUCUGGAACAAAUACUCAUGUAAAUCUUUUGCCUGUCUCUCCCAAAACAACCCCAUAGGCUUCGAUCUCAACGCCCAACGCUCUUCUUUGCUAAAAUACGCUUCUGAACUCGAUCUUCCCGUUAACCAGUUCAUGCAAUUGGCUAAGUCAGCUAAUUCAGUGAUCCGUCUUGGCAUUGACAUAGGCGGGGGAACUGGAACCUUCGCAGCUAUAAUGAAGAUUUUCUACAAUGUUACGAUGCUGACCACCACCAUGAACGUCAAUGCACCUUACAAUGAAGCCGUGGCUUUGAGAGGGUUGGUGGCUUUACACGUGCCGUUACAGCAGAGGUUACCGGUCUUCGACGGGACGAUGGAUCUGGUCCGGUGUGGGAGGGCGGUGAACAGGUGGAUACCUGUGUCGGUUAUGGAGUUUAUGUUUUAUGAUGUGGAUAGAGCGUUGAGAGGGGGAGGGUAUUUGUGGGUGGAUCGAUUCUUUAGUAAAGGAGUGGAUCUGGACAAAGUUUAUGGGCCAUUGAUCGGGAAGCUUGGGUAUAAGAAAGUGAAGUGGGCAGUUGCUAAUAAGACUGAUCCAAGUGGUUUGAAGAAUGGGGAAGUUUACUUGACUGCUUUGUUGCAAAAGCCUGUUUCAAAGUGAUGAUUGGGAUUGAGGAUUCAUUGAAUUUUUGUAGAUAUUGAUGUCAGAUAACAAUUGCUUGGAUGCGGGAAACAUGCCACCACCAGUCCGAAGAUUAACGACAACACUGAGAAAAGCUGGAAGAAAAUUUUGCUCGAGUAACAAAAGCAACUUAUUUAUUUAUUUCCGCUAAUGUGGAUUAGGAUUUCGGCUGCUUCUUCAUGUCGUAAAGAUUGUAGAUGUCCAAAAAAUUUAUAUGGAGCAGAGGGUAUUGUAAAACCUCAAGGUUAUUUUAUAUUCAUUUUUCAACUUCUUGGUAUAACAUUUUGUUGCUGUCUACAAAUAAAUCUCUAGAACAAAUCUCAAAUAAUGGAGUAAUACCAUUUCUUUUUUUUGUUUUGGAUAGCAAGCAAACGUAUGAAAAAAUUGUUGAAAAAAGAAGGCUUUCUGCAUGUACUAUCUUGCGAUAGUCUCCUCGUAAGUGAUCCACUCAGAAUCUUUGAAUCAUAUCAGUCGAGUGGGGGACAACUUUGUUGGAGCAUCCGCAGCUGUGUCCCUCCUUAUUGACCACUCCAUGCAUCCAUGAUAUGUACUCGAUAAUUAUAUAUAAAUACAUACAUAUAUAUAUAUAUAUAAAGAAAUCUAAAGCUGCUGCGGUGCAGCCCUGUCCUUCAGAAGUCUUCAGCCUCCUCCUAAUAUUUGUUCCUUUUUUUU